GUUGCUCACAUUUCACCUAGAGGCAGAAAAGACACACAAAAUCGUUAUUGGGGCAGCCCUAGGGCUAGUGCACCAGACAGUGGAUCCAUUUUUAAAGCAUAGGAUUUUGUUACUCUAACCAGCAGCAUUGGUAGAGGUGCCCCUGGUUUUGCAGGGAGUCCAGUAGUCUUUGCCCCAGUGAAGUUGGUUGCAACCUGGAGCACUGAGGGAUGGGAGAGGGGCAAUAAUCCCUCACAUAUACACUGUUUUAAGAAUGCACAGUUUAUUUUUCCUCCAGUGGUGGCUUGUACUAUAGAUGUCACUGUUAAAGAAAGACAGCGUCUAUUAACCUGCAUUGCAAAGAUGCAACUAUAAAAGGAGGGAGACAUUUCCAUGAAGACAAGCAGUAUAACGGUUUAACUCUACAACAGUCUUAUGCAUCGCUUACCUGUUGCAAUGCUGUAACAACAGAUAUCAUGGCAGUGUCUUAUCUUGCUGUGUCCUUUUUUAUUUCUGCAGGAAAAGGGUAACUUCACUUAUUGUCCAGCAGCAGGUUUAGCAGUAGGAAAUGAAUGCUCAGAGUUUGCUGGCUGGGCAUUUCCAUUUCCAGGCGUGUUCUUGCUGGAGGAGUUUAUAAACCAAGAUGAGGAAUCGGAGAUGGUUCAGCUGAUGGAUCAAGAUGACUGGAAACUAUCGCAGUCUGGCCGAAGGAAGCAGGACUAUGGGCCCAAAGUGAACUUUAAGAAAAAGAAGCUGAAAGCUGGUGGUUUCAUUGGCUUGCCCAGUUUUAGCCAGGAGAUUGUGCAGCGAAUGAAGGCUCAUUCUGCGCUAGAGGAUUUCUUUCCUGUUGAGCAGUGUAACCUGGACUAUCUACCUGAAAGAGGUUCUGCCAUUGACCCACACUUUGAUGACUGGUGGCUUUGGGGGGGGCGACUGGUUAGCUUAAACUUGCUCUCAAAAACUGUGCUGUCCAUGUCUUGUGAUUCAGAGGACAGUCUUCAGUUAUUUGCCACUCACAGUCAAGGAAGCGGGGAAUCAAAUCACUCUGCCUCACCUCAAGUUUCUCAGACCCAUAAACCAAACAACCUUACUCCCACAUCAGCAUGUGAAAAUGUAGACAGUUGGGAUAUGGACCACUCAUCUUCCCCAAGACUUAUUCCAUACAAAGAAGUUACUGUAGACAUUCUCUUACCUAGGAGAUCCCUGAUUGUGCUGUCUGGAGAUGCACGCUAUAAGUGGAAACAUGCAAUUUACCGCAAGCACAUUGAGCAUCGCCGGAUCUGUGUCACCUUCAGGGAGCUGUCUGCAGAAUUCACUUUGGGAGGAAAGCAGGAAAAACUGGGUAAAGAGCUCCUCGAAAUAGCCCUGACAUUUCAAGGAAAACCAGUGUGAACAUGAGAGGGAGAACAUCGGUAUUAUGAGUUGUAUGUGGAUAUUUGAAAAUUAAAGUUCAGAAUUUUUUCAAUUUA